AAUUCUCGUGUCUGUUUGUACUUUGUAGUUUGUACACUACAUUUCCUUCUUCGAACUUAAUUAUAAAAUUUUCAAUUAUUUAGCCUCAAAAAGUUGUUCUUCCUCACUUCACUUCCCACAAAUUCUACCUAUAUAACCUCCCCCCAUUUAACCAACUAAAAUAUCAUAACUCGAAAACCAAAACCCAAAACCCAAAACCCAAAAUGGCUACUUUUUCUGCCCUCUCCGUUCAAGAUUUCUUGGGAAGUUUCCACUCUAGAAGAUUGCUGCAACCGCUGCCAACCCAUGUCUCCCGCUUGAUGGCCGUGGCAGCGCCGCCGGCCAGCGGGGACGGACGGGACCCGAUGACGGCGGAGGCGGCGGUGGGUGGCAACGCAUUUGACGCGAAUGUUGUGAUGGUCCUGUCGGUGCUGCUGUGCGCCUUGAUUUGUUCGCUUGGGUUGAACUCCAUCAUAAGGUGUGCGUUAAGGUGUUCAAACUUAGUGGUGGCGACCGGCGAUCAGCAGCGGAGUGGCGGCGGCGGCGACCCAUCGGCGGCGAGGCUGGCCAACACGGGGAUCAAGAAGAAGGCGCUCAAGACGUUCCCGACGAUAAGCUACACGAAUGAGGUGAAGCUGCCGGGGCUUGACGCGGAGUGCGUGAUUUGCCUGUCGGAAUUCGCCCCCGGCGAACGCUUGCGUAUCCUGCCCAAAUGCCACCACGGUUUUCACGUCCGCUGCAUAGACAAGUGGCUCAACUCUCACUCCUCUUGCCCCACUUGCCGCCACUGUCUCAUUGAAACCUGUCAAAAAAUUGUUGGCUGCGCCGCCGCUACUCCUAGCUCAUCGGUCAUCUCACCGCCGCCGCCGGAGGGGAGCAUAGCGAUAAGGAUUGAACCACUCCCCAGAGAAGGUUUGAUAUCUAAUCAUCAAAACUAAUAGCUGAUCGAGCUCAGCUCAUCACAUUUGUAGCUCAAAUAGAUUUAGCACUAGCAAGGCAUAUAUUUAAAGUAUAUAUGCAACUUCAUUGUAGUGUUCAAUCAAGCUUAAGAUCAGAUCCCCAACUGUACAUUCAAUCGUCUAUAAAUCUCCAAUUAUUUAUUUAUUUUUC